GUAACAGUUAGUGAGCUGUUCAGGUGGACGGGUGAGUUUAGGUUUAGGUUAGUUACAGUACUAACUGUGUCCAGGUUAGAUGUUCUGAUUCUAGCUUAGCUGUAGGAGUCGCUUAUAUAACUGUAAAAUUACGGUAGGAUCCGGAGGACGUCAUAAAUCAAGUGUGUGGUCAUGGCUCUGGCGUCUCCGUGCGGGCUCCUGUCUGAUGAGGACGAGUGCGGGGCUGUUUUUGAGUCCACAGCUGCUGAUAUUGGAGCUGUGGUGAGAUCUCAGCGCUUUGUGUCUGUUCUGCCGGAGAUCUCAGUCAUCAGCCCUGCUGCAGACCCCCGUACACCCACUCAAGAGAUCACGACUGAUGUCAGUAGAAGAGGCAGUGCUGAUGACGGCUCAGAGAAGCUGAAGGUUUUCCUGCGGAUCCGUCCUCUUACUGAAGCCGAGCAAGAGCGGGGAGAGGAGCAGGGUUGUGUAAAUGUGCAGUCUGAGGAUAAUCUGCUUCUCCGAGCGCCCAAAGACUCCCACAACAACAAGAGUGCCGAGAGAGGCGUCGCUCAAAGCCUGCACAAGUUCACCUUCACAAAGAUUUUUGGAGCGCAGAGCUCUCAGCAGGAGGUCUACGAUCACACCAUACGGGAGAUGGUGCGAGACGUUCUGCGUGGAGAAAACCGGCUCCUCUACACUUACGGCGUGACCAACUCGGGCAAAACCUACACCAUACAGGGUGCGGGUGGAGAGGCGGGUCUGCUGCCGCGAGCGUUAGUCUCUGUGUUCCUGAGUGUUUCUGUAAAGGCAUUAACAAUAAUACUAAUGAAUCCUUUGUUGUCCCUCAGGAGUGUGAGGUUUUCCUGGGCCGACUCUAAUGGUCUUUGUUUUGUUCAGGUGGAAAGCACAGGUGGAGCUCAGUCCAGGCUGCGAGCGGGUUUGUCCUGGGACAGUGGCAUCAGCGGACUCUCAGCAGCCAGUCACAUCGCAACACAGCUGGAGGACUCAGAUGGCAUGUGUUUGGAGGCGAAUGGUCUGUGUCUCAGCGGUGGAGAGGAUCUUGAGGAGGGUGUGCAGUUCUCAGUCUGGGUCUCGUUUUAUGAGAUCUACAACGAGUUUCUUUACGAUCUCCUGGACGCUCCACCUUCACUUCAGUCCCACAAGAGAGCCACGCUACGCCUCAGCGACGACAAACAUGGAAACCCUUACGUAAAGGAUCUGACCUGGAUUCAGGUACGAAGUGCAGAAGAGGCCUGGAAAGUGCUUAAAGCUGGACAACGCAAUCAAAGCUUUGCCAGCACUCACCUAAACCACAACUCCAGCCGCAGCCAUAGUAUCUUUACUAUCCGUGUUCUACAUGUCAAGCCACAAGCAGAGCUGGGACAGGUGACCAGAAUCAGCGAGCUCUCUGUGUGUGAUUUGGCGGGGUCUGAGCGCUGUAAAGCCCAGCAGAACGGCGAGAGAAUGAAAGAGGCGAACAACAUCAACACCUCUCUGCUGACGCUGGGGCGCUGCAUCACUGCUCUGAGACACAACCAGACCAAUAAGUCUCGGCCUCCGCUGGUCGUUCCGUUCAGAGACAGCAAGUUAACCAGGGUCCUGCAGAGCUUCUUCUGUGGUCACGGCCGCUCCUGCAUGCUGGUCAACAUUAACCCCUGCGCCUCCACCUACGACGAGACGCUGCAAGCGCUCAAGUUCUCUGCCAUCGCCACACAGCUGGUGCACGGGCCGUGCAGUAAGACGCGGGUGGCUUAUAUUCUGUCGCUGCUUCGUGAGCCGCCAGCGCAUCUCAACAACACCACUCUACUGGAGGAGGAGGAGAGCGACGAGGAAGGAGACAUCACCAUGUUUGACCCUGAAGCGCUGCUGAAGGCCAUCGAUGUUCUGAAGCGUGAAGUGCUGCGUCAGCGGCAGGAGAAAGAGGAGCUGGAGGCCACGGUUCGAGAGCAGGUCUGAGCUGAGAUGAUGGAGGUCAUCAGCCGCAUGCAGGAGGACUUCAGCGAGACGCUGGAAACCGAGAGGGGUCUGAUGGAGAAGAGAUGUGAGAACAAACUCAACAACUUGAAGAGCAGCCUGAAGAAAUAUUACAGCCAGGAGCUAGAGGAGCGAGACGAAGAGAUCCGAGAGCUUGCUGCAGCUCUGAAGGAGAACGAAGAGGGUCACAUCGCCCCAGCUCCCAUUUUCCCGCCUCUGAGUGACGUCAGCGGUCCACGGCGCUCGCGGCGCUUGGCUUCCACACACAAACGAGACGCGGAUCACGAGAGCGUGGAGCUGACGCAGUGUAAAGCCGAGCUGGAGCAGUGCAAAGCUGAGCUGGACCUCAAACACACAGAACUGCGCCUGAAAACUCUGGAACUGAAGCGUCUCCAGGAGAACCUGCCAGUGACGGGCACCACAGGAACCCUGACAACUACAGCCGAGCGCAAACUGCAGGAGGGCCAGCGGAACCUGAAGCAGCUGCGGAUGGAGCUCCAGAUGCUGGGCGUGAAGCUGCAGUCUGGAGAACGAGCGUGCUGCCGCAACACCGACGGAGAGAGGCUCCGAAACGCACUCUCCUCCGCAGACGGCAAACUCGCCAAACAGGACCAGAUGCUGGUGGAGCUGCACACUAGCCUGCAGCUGGUCAGAGCAGACCUGCGCAAGAAAGACGAGCUGCUAGCACAGCUACAGCGCAGCCAGCCUCCUCCAGCGUCCGGCUCCUGCAAGAAGAGGGGCUGUGGCGUGGCUUACGUGGAGAACCAGCCUCCUGAGAAGCGCCCCUUCUUCCGCUCGCUCUUCCCCUCGCGACAGAGGCCUGAGGCGGGCACACCGUACACCCGAGUGUUGCGCUCGCGCCAGCCGUCCCCUCCGUCCACUCCCAUACAGCGCCGAGUCAAAUAUUAGGAGCUCAGCAGUGGACACAGACAAGAGCUUUUAUAUUUCUGUCUUUAAUAUAAUCAGGUGGCCGCUUGACACAUGAAUGGGGCCUUAUUUUGAUAGGAAUUUUCCCUUUUUUUUUUUUUUUCAUUGUGUUCAAGGGUUUGUAUUAUGAAACUGUCAUUGGGAGAGCAUUUUAAAUGUUAACAAGGCUAUUACACAUUAUUUUCCCUACAUG